ACCAGCUUCAGCCUUCAGCAAUCAGCAGAUAACGGUCAUGUGAGAAGCAGCCCAAGGUUAUUGACCUCGUAUCCGUAAUAACGGCUUGAAGAAGUAUCAACUAUGAGGCACACCGAACUUUCCGAUCUGCAUGUUGCUUUGUCCUGUGGAAUGGGAGUGGUUCUCGUCUCGUCCCGGACGAUGGAUCGGGGGUCUCGUGGACUCAUGCCCACCAUCCCAGAUUUCCCCACCCAAGUCCUGUCACCUGUGUUGCUAUACAGACUGGCCGGGCUUCCAAAUGCGUUGAAGCUAGGCGCGAUGUUAUACUCAUUGGCUUUCAUGAAUGCCAUCUGGUUAUGGGCCAUGCUGUGUUAUGACAAGCAUCAUCGUGCGCCGGGGUAUGAGUGGGAAGAUUGGAAGCUGCGCAAAGAUUACAGUAGUACGGGCAACAUGAACUGAUCGUUACUGUCCCCGCUUGUAAGUAAUGUCUUGCAGGUAUUUCUAGUAAAUGAGUCCACACCAUACUAAUCUCAACCAAAACUUGCUAGACAUCAAUCAUUUCUUGCUAGGGCAAUAGAACUGGACGUUUCCUCACCCAAGCUCAUCCAAACCACUGCCCAAAACGUGAUCACUCCCAAUACAGAAAGCAACCCGUCCAGAGAGUCCACGACCAACGCAUUC